CUCCAGUCUCUCCUGGGCUCUCCUGGCGUCGCGGCGUCCGUCGCCCGUCGGCGGAUCCGUCGGAUCAUGAACUAGUCGAAGCCCCUCUUAAAUUCGGCAUCCGGUUCCGUUCGUCGCGUUCCGAAGAUCGUUUCAAAUUUCCGAUGUGAAAAAUACUCGGUACGAACGAUCCGCGGAGCGAUUAACAAGAGUCGGGUUUGGUUGGGACGCGUCUCGCAGGAAGCGAACAGCUGUUCGUAGUGCGUAUCGGGCCACGCGUCCGUCGUAUACUCGGCGUCGGUAAGCAGUUUCCUAACUUACCGAGCGGCUCGGUUUUUCCCCAUUUCUUCCCGUUCUUCGCUACUUUCUCGAUCGGAACGCUGCGUGAAAGAACAUGUCCGUCAUCGUUGAUCGGCUCCGUCGCAUAAUGAAAGGCAAAGACUCUCGGCCGGUUAACGAUGAGAAAGAGAUCAAGGGAUACCGAGUGACAAAUGCCGAUCGCACUCGGAGAUUCGGAGUCGCUUGCAAGGAUUUUCAGGAGCUUAAAAGCAAGGCCUGCGCAAAGUUUAACAUUUUAAACCCCGACGAGCGGGAUAGAGUGACGAUUUGUCUCGUCGACGGAUCGGUAAUCGACGACGAAUAUUUUCAAUUGGUAGAACCGCAGACUACCUUGAUACUGCAGCGACAUGGGGAGAAGUUUUUGUCAGAUGCUGACAUAUUAUACAACACGCUGCGUCAAGUCAAUCUCGAGUUCAUAACGACCGGCGAUGCGAUAUCGAGAUUUCUCACCGAGAAUCUAAAGUCGAAGAUCGCAGUUUUGAACAAGGCUCUGAACAAGAACGACGAAAAGACUAGACUCAGUUCGAGGGAGGAUCAUCCCGACUGGUUUAAGAAUUUGGAGACGACGGCCACAACUAAAGAGGCCUACAUGCACCGCAGAUGCCAGGACAGGAUCCGGUGUUACCUGUACAAAACGAUCGAUCAAAUAAAGACUUCGGACGUAUAUUCGAAGAACGAAUCGGCAAGGCGUCGUCUGUUGCACGUGAUGACGUAUUUCAAGCUCCAACUGAAGGAGGAUCACUGUUUCGGUUUUUACUUUGACCGAAGUUACGCAAGAGGGGCGAAAAAUCGGUUGGAGAUCGGCCGAUCGAUCGGCGAAAAAGAAGAAGAAGAAGCAGAAAAACCUGCGAAUUUGAGCUCGGACGAGGCGGAUUUCAGCGCCUCGGUUUUAUCGUGCCACCAUUUUCACUGUCCGUGCAAAAUCGGCGCUGUCUCUGCAGGUUUCUGGUCGCCAUGGAACAGCAACCGAUUUCUCGCGGAAUUUUUCCCCGAGGAAAACGAUACCGACGAGACGGACGCCCGACGAAUAUCUCCCGUUAAAAAAACAACCGCUAACGAUAAAUCUGCCGAUUUAUGUCCCUACGAAAUCGGCAAAAACGACGAAACGGUGCCGCGAUUCGCGCUCUGUAAUUCUGACGGUGAAUUCAGAUGCGACGGCGUCUGGAGCGCCGAUCGUUGUGCUUACGCCGAUAGGCACACCAUCAAUCCUUACCGAUCAUACGAGGAACUGGUUCUCUUUUCGACGUGGAAUUUCGACCACAGGAUCGAGAGAUCGCGAACUCUGAUACCGAACCUGUUGCGAGCGUCUGAGGAGAAGGCGAUAAGUCGUGAGGAUCUAGUUCACCUCUACGAGAAUAUAUUCACGGUGAAAAAUCUACGACUGGUGCACAUAGUUUGUCACGAUAAGGGAGCCCACAGAGUUCAAUGAGCGAUGAGGCGUCGAGAGUAUUAAUAAUAUGCAAGAAGGUCGGAGAGUUUGAUCGAUAAAAACUCGGGCUUGAAUGAUGCGUAUAAGUAAAAUUUACAGAUUACAUAAUCCUGCAACAAAUUACAACGUUGUAUGUAUAUAUAUAUAUAUAUAUGUAUAUAUUAGGGUGUUUUGGGAAAAAAAAUAAUUUGCCAUUUUCCACCCAUGUUACACCCCUGAAAAGUUUGUUCAGGGUAAAAGAAAGGCUUUGUCAAAAGACGAGCGUUCUACGUUACGCGGAAUAUCGCGCUCGGUUGAUUUUUCAUUUUUAUAAAUUUUUUUUAAAAAUUUAUCAAGUAUCGUGAUUAAAAUUUUUUUUUUUAUUACUUACGUCAAUCGUAAUAUCAAUUUAUUCAAUCUCGUGAAAUAGUUGUAAUUUAUUACAAACUUUCAAUUUAGGAGAAUAAGAUUCACGGUUGAUAAAUCGUUAUUUUAUGGAUCGUGAUCUUUGGGUUGAAUAUAAACGUCGGGAAAGAAAUAAUAAUCGAAGUGCUGUAACGUGUUUCUUCAGAAAUUCAAAGAAAUGUGACACUCGUCCUUUCACAAAAUCUUCUUGUUUUUUUAAAGAAAAACUUUUUAAUUGGAGCCACGAACAAAAAUAGGGAAUUUAUUUUCUAAAAUCCAACUAAAUAUAUUUACGCGGUGCAUGUGAUUUUCUAAAAUGCGUUACCUGUUAUGGAAUUUUCGAUGUUCAACGUCAUAGCUACCGAUUAGAAUCGACAACAAUAUGCAUAACGCAAUAUAUAUUUAUUUACAUACAAUCGUAUAUGCACGAUAAAUAUUUAAUAAUUUCCAAAUUUCGUCCAAAGUGUCUAAUUUUUAAUUUGACAAGUUUAUUGAGCGACGUUUCAGUCGGGCACCGUUUUUAGGAUAGAAAGUUGACAUUUGUUUCGUAAAAAUGUUCAACGUGACAUUACAGAGAGCUGUAAAAAUUUUAAUUUAACAUCCGAUUGUCACAAUCGCCUCUAAAAAUAUCUCUUCCUAAACGACGCAAGCAAUAAAACCUGAGCCCGAAGAUCGUCAAUUUUUAGUAAUUAAUAAUCUGUAAAUACCGAUUUUAAUGUUGAUGUAAAUAAUUUUAGUCAAACGCAUUAUGGAAAUUUGGAAAUUAUUACGUAAGCAUGGUCACGUACUUAUAAAAAAUAAAUAAUAACAAAUACCGUAAGCCGCGUUAUGCGAUGUACAAGUUUUACUGCGUGCAUCCAGCGGAUGAAAUAGAGCCGGAAUUUCACCUUCGCGUUGGUUAGUCAUCUCGGUACAAAAACUUACCUCGAAAUUUAUUCACAUUCAUUCACUUGGAAUCCACUUGCAGAGGAUAAAAAUCGCAGUUUGGUAGAAAAAGGAGAAGCCUGUAAUCUUCUUCCUGAAACGAAGAUCCCCGUUCGUAAAUCGUCGAUAUUUUAUCGAUGUAAUAAAUUCGGCAAAGAAUUCUUCCUUUUCCCGCGUUAGGAAGAAGAUGAAAGAAAAAAAAUCGCACGUGCAUAUUUUUCAUCCGAAAUUCCAAAGUAUAGAAUUCGAUUAGCUGACUUUGAAGGACAAAAAAUAUAUAUAUUUUGAAGUCGAACUUCUCUCGAGCGCUGUAAUUUUAAUAGAGCGUGAGUAAAACGACGAAUCCGUGAUCUCGGUAAAAUUUCUUAUAUCUAUACGCGAUGUAUUAUAUAUAUAUAUAUAUAAAAGACAACUGAAGAUAAAAUAUUUCUUGCAAGAUUUUAGAGACUGUUAUAUAUAAUAUCUGUAACUGAAUUAUAAAUAAUAUUAACACGUUGCCAACUAAGAAAUUAAUGAUAUAUAAACAAUAAUGAUUGUCGCGAUAACAAUGUUGACGAUAAUGAUGAUGAUGACAUGUUUAUUAUACCGGUUAUACAGGGAGUCAACACAGAUUUACAUCAGCAAAUACAUGUUACAUAGAUUAUAGAUUAUAGUAUCAGAUGAACUUGAAAAGAGGCGGAAGAAAAAAUAUCUUCAAAGGUAUAAAACGUAACAUUGCAAAAAAAAAAAAAGAUCAAGGCGUUAUAAUUCUAACUGAAAAAUCAUCAAGUUCCGAUAUUGUAUAACUUAGACCUAUGUAUGUAUAUGUAAAAUGCAAUAAGUUAUUAAAGCAAUUUAACGCAGUUUAUAAAUAAUAACAACAACAGUCAACAUCUCGUGCAGUUACGUGUCUGUAAUUUUACCUAUUCAAGCGAUGUACGCGGUGAAGAGAAAAAGAGAACAGAUUUAAAAAAAAACGCGGUGAUUUUCACUCUUUACAGAGUAAAUUCCGUACUUUACAAAAUACAUUUUACAAAAAAAAACCCGACGUGUCCCUUUCUUCCGUCAAUCUUGAGUAACAUUUGCUCUUUUAUUCUUUCCGUGUAUAUUUAUCGCAACACGCAUCGCUCGCUGACCUCGAAAACUGUCGAGAUAAAUUUAUUCAAAAGAAAAACAAAAAAAAAAAAAAAAAACGAAUCUGAAUAUUCCGAAACACGGAAAUAUACAAAAUGCGCA